GCUAAUCCCAAGAAAAUGGUUAAAAGGAUCAUCCAAAAUAGGAGGACGCAUAAAGUUAGUUACUAUACAUAAAUUUAAAGCACCAAUCAGACACACUUGAAUAAAAAGAAAAGGAAAAUUCCAAAAAAAUAGACAAAAGAGAAGUGAGUACAGAAAAAAAUCAAGAAAAAGAAACAUAAAUCAAGAAAAUGCAAUAAAACACGAACCUCAGCAAGUGUGAACAAGAUGAAAGUAUUAGAGAAUGUGGUUGAGGGGGAGCAGUCUGGCGCCGGCAGGAGAUGGGCGAUGAGUAUGCUGCGCUGUCCAGUGUUACGGUUCAGGGCGUGUCGCCUUCCCUUCAAGAGCCUGGUGGUGUCCUUGGUGGCGUUGUUGCUGGUGUAUGGAGCCUUGCUCAUGGAUCAGGCGCAAUCUCCAGGAAAGCCGUCCUGGUUGGAGUUCAAAACCUGCUCGCCGAGGAACAACAUCGCCUUUCUCAAAACCCACAAGUGUGCGUCCUCCGCCAUUCAGAACAUUCUCUUACGCUAUGGCGACAACCACGAUCUCAACUUUGCACUGCCAAACGUAGCGAACUACUUCGGCAGCGGAAGACGCAUUUUUGAAGCUGGUAUGGUCUGGUCCUCGCCCUUCAACAAAGUGACCCCCAACAUCUUCGCCAUUCAUACUAAGUGGAACUACGAGGAGGUGAAAAAAGUCAUGCCUGAAGACACCGUCUACUUCACCAUCGUCAGGGAACCAAUGGCUCUCUUUCGGUCCCUCUUCGAUUAUUCCAAUAUUGGGGAAAAAGCAGGCGGCCUGACGCUGGACGAGUACGUAAAGCAAAACCCCAUCGACACGAAGAGAACUCUAGGCUACCUGGGCUACAACCAGAUGACCUGGGACCUCGGCACUCCGCUGCAGGAUAUGAGCAACCUCACUGUCGCCCACGAGCUGGUGCAGCGUACUGACGCACAGUUCGGGCUGGUGCUGGUGGCGGAGCGGAUGGACGAGUCCCUGGUGCUGCUGGCCAAAUACCUGUGCUGGGAGCUGCGCGACGUAUUGGUGCUGAAAGUCAACUCCCUCAGGGACGAGUUCAAGUCUUCCAUCAGUGAGGAGUCGCGGAAGGCGCUGCAGCAGAGGCUCGCCCCGGACUACCUGCUGUACAACCACUUCCUGGAGAGGUUCGACCAGCAGGUGGAGGCGUUCGGGAGACGGAGGAUGGCGGCGGAGGUGGCCAGGCUGCGGGAGCUGAUGGCACUGCUCGUCACCACGUGUAACUUCGUCAGGAAGGAAGCCUCGGAUCUCACUGGGAGGCAGAAGCCGUGGUCGAAUAAGGUGGAUGGGUUCCAAGUUGGAGAGACAGCGGGAGGCUGUGCGCCUUACGCCUUUGGUGAGCUUUACUUCCUGGAUGUGCUGAGGAAGAAGCAACAGAAGUACAUAGCGAAAAAAUUUGGACUGCCGCCGGGUCCUCCCAUGGGCGCCAUACCUCUGGGGGCGCAGGAGAUCAAGGAGCUGAACCCCAAAAGAGCGCAGAGGUUUCCUUCAGACGAGAAGAGAAAGGGCGGGAAGUUGAGUACGGUGAGAGGACAGGGAUGAGGAAAGAAAGGAAGGAGGGAGGGCGAGGAGGGAGGGAGGGAAGGGUGCUGCUGUGGCUGUGAUAAUGUGGGACUAUUGUUGUCUUUAUUGUUUGGGAAAGUGUGAUUGUCAGUCUGAGUGACCGAAAAGCGGGAGGAGGAAGAGAAGGAUAUGGAGGAGAAAGUGAAACAAGAGGCAGUGAUUGUAAAGGUAUGAGACAGGAAGAGGAGGAAGAGGAGGAGAAACAGGACAAGGGCGAGGAGAAGGCAAUGAUUAUGAAGACUUGUGUGAUCCUACAAAUUAAUAAACAUAUCAGGAAAC